UUUUCCGUUGCAUUAUUGUCAAAUAUGGCGGAUUAAAAGACGUUGUAAAUAAUACAUGGGACAAUUUAAUAUUUAAUAAAACAUUGUAAAAUGUGUAGUUAGUGACAGUGAUUUAAUUAUUAGUUUAGAUUACAAUGUGAGUAAGUGUAACUAAUAAAAUUUUGGUAUAAUUUAAUUGAAUAGUGUCAUUGAAACACAAAAUCAUAAGCAGCUGUAUCGAGCGUCUUUGAUGUUUCGUCAUCGGACGAAUUUCUCGUCAAUAAAUAGGUAUAUUUUAAUAAUUAUUAAUUUUUAAUUAAACAAGUGUUGUUGUCAAACAAAUAAACGAAAAUAAACCAUGAGUACUUUAUGUGUUUUAACGCGGUUUCGAUUAUUCGAGAAUGAUAAAACGGACAAUUGUUGCCAUCAUUUGUAAAUGGCAGCAACAAAGACUGUCAAUUUCGAAGUGUAUAGUUUGACAAUACUCGAGCUCGAUAUCGAGGAAUAAAUUAUUAUAGUGAACGGUGAGAUGAAGUAAAAAGAAGGAGGAUGAUGAUGGGCGAUCAGUUUCGUAGCAAAGUGGAGCAAUACUCACCAAAGUCUUCACCGAGGGGUGCUCGCUCCCCUGUUGUUUCUCGUCAAGACUCGACUGGGACCCUUAAAACGACGAUUUCUCUAGGCAAAAAUCCCUCCAUCGUCCACAGUGGGCCUUUCUAUUUAAUGAAAGAACCCCCUGGGGAGAGCGAACUCACAGGAGCUACGAAUUUGAUGGCCUAUCAUAGCCUCGAGCAUACUUAUAGUAAAUUUAGCGGAAAAAAGCUCAAAGAACAGCUCUCUUCAUUUCUUCCCAAUUUACCUGGUAUUAUCGACACUCCUGGCCAUCAAGAUAACAGUUCGCUUCGUUCUGUAAUAGACAAACCCCCAAUUUGUGGUAAAGAACUUUUACCAUUAACGAGUGUACAACUCGCUGGUUUUAGACUUCAUCCUGGUCCACUUCCCGAACAGUAUCGAUAUAUAAAUCAAGCUCCUCAGAAGAAGCAUAAAAAUAAACAUAAAAAGCAUAAGCAUAAACCUGGAGAGGUUCCUGGUGGACAGGAAACAACUACCACCGACAUUGGUGGUACGGAUACACAUGAAAAGAAACACAAGAAACAAAAGCGUCACGACGAGGAGAAGGAGGCACGAAAGAAGCGUAAAAAAGAGAAGAAAAGAAAAAAACAAAAACACAGCCCUGAAUAUCCUGGUGGAUUGACACCUUCUCAACAUUCUAACUCGUGAUCUCAAUUUUCCGUUUCUUGGCUUAUCGAAUAUGGACGCGACGCUCUUGUAGGAUAAGUAAAAAAAAAAAAAAAAAAUAUCUUCGUUUUCAUUUUGAAAAAAAAAAUAAAAUAAAAACUACUUAUAGUUCUCGUUUGUCGAUCGCAGACAACGAAAUCUUGUAUGGAGAAUUUUUUUUCUCUCUUUUUCGCGAGAUUAACGCCGUUUUCAUUCCAUUGAAAAAGGAAAAAAGAAAAGUAUUUCUUUCUUCGAAUUUUUUUUUUCUACUUUGGAAUCGGCGAGACUUUAGUUUAAAACAAAAAAUCGAAUUACGUUAAUCGUAAUUUAAUCAGAAAAAAAAAGUAAUCAAAUUUCAUCUAAACUUUUUCUACAAAUUCUUGUUAGAGACAGCGAAACUGAACUCAUUUUUAUAAGAGCUCUUAUUUUUAUACUAAAAUCACACAUAAAUUAUUACUAUUUUAAUUUCUCCGAUUUCUUCAUUUUGAAAAACUAGCGUCAUCUCCAAUGCUCAAGUAAAAAAAAAAUUAUUUUCUUUUUUUUUUUUCUUGUAUAAAAAAUUAUUCAAUGAUACUUUUACUCUGGAAAUUUACAACUUUUUUUUUAAAAAUAACUUUUUUUAAAAGAAAAGUAUCCAAAGUAUAAUUUCAAUUGUAAACUUACUGUAAUUAUUUUUCUUCAUUAUAUAAAUAUAUAAAUAAAUAUAUACGUGAAUCCUGAAAAAUAAUAAAAUGGAUUCACAAUUUAGUGCAAAAAUACAAUGCAUAACAUAAAAGAUAACUAUCAAGAAAUAACUUUUGUUAUCAUGUAUUUAUAUAUGAUGAGUGAGUGAAUUGUAGCCAUUUACUGCACGUAAUCAUUUGCAAACAGGACUUUGUCAUGUUACUUGUAGUAUUUAUAAUGGCGAAAAUGUGAAUAAAAUAGUUUAAUAGAAUUUAAA